UACCAACUCUGAAUCAUGGGUCGCCGAAAGAUCGAGAUGAAGGUAGUGAAAGACAGCAGCUCAAGGCAAGUCACCUUCUCCAAACGCCGUACUGGCCUUUUCAAGAAGGCCAACGAGCUCGUCACCUUGUGCGGUGCAGAGGUUGUCGUCGUCGUUUUCUCCCCCGGCGGCAAACCUUACUCUUUCGGCCACCCGAGCGUCGACACCAUCACUCGUCGCUUUCUCGACAACGAUACCUCUGCAACUACAGACGUCUCCAACGACGGCGGAAUCGAGAAGCUGAACCGUCAACUCAAUGAUCUGAACAGACAGAUUGCGGCGGAGAAGAAGCGGGGUGAUAUGCUGGAGAAAUCUCUGAGAGAAAGUGGGGCUACCCAGUUCAUGAAAUCUGUAAGUAAGGUGAACAAGAUGGAUGAACUUGUGUAUCUGAAAGCUUUGGCUAAUAAUGUUCGUGGGAAUGUGAUAGAGAGGAUUAACGAGCUUGAAGCCUCUGAUGCACUCCUCCUGUUAUCCAACACUAUACCUGCUAAUCAUGACAAUGGCAAGCUGUAAACUAAUGAUGAUUUUAAUGAUGAUGAUGAA